GGGUCCAAGUCAGUGCAGUUUAGAACACGAAAGCGGUCGCAAUGUCCACGGAGCGCCACGGAAUACGCCGGAACACACCGAAGCCUCUGAUGGCUAUCGCCAUUAUUGCCCUGCUCUCGACGCUCGCCCAGGUGAGCGGCUACUCGGGCGUGAUACCGGCGGAUGCAGAUAAUCCCGGCAAGUGCAUCUAUCGCGGCGAUGUCCUGGAACUGGGCAUCAACAAUGGCAUAUCGCCGUGCCAGCGGCUGACAUGCAACAAGGAUGGCUCCAUACUUAUCGAAGGCUGUGGCAAGCUGCGCAUCGAGAACUGCAAUCGCGGCGAGCGAAUAAAGCCCGGCGAACCCUUCCCGGAGUGCUGCAAGCUGCGGUACAAAUGCAAGGAGCUCGGGGCGGCGCCCUACUACAUCGAAAGGAAUACGGCGGAGAAGGUCUAGGAAAAGGUCCAGGACAAAGCCAGAGGAUGCCUUCAACCCGCUAAUAUACAUAUGUUUGCCACAAAUUGCUAAUUUAUUUGUCAACUUGUAUAUCUCAAUAUAAGCAGAAUGUUUUGUG